AUGGGCGGCCGCCAGUUCUUCACCAGCUGGCCGUUAUGGCAGAAGAUGACUUUUGUAUUGGGUUGCUCAAUUGCUAUCACAAUCGUACUUGGUUUCAUGAAGUUGUUUGUCGACCGACGAAGGCUCAGCAAGUACACAAAAGUCGACAAGGGAAAGCAAGCACAGACGCCAGAGAUGCUCGAGGCACAGCCUGUAACAGCUGUUUCAACCGAAACAAAAGACGAGAUCCCAUUCGGCAUUCGAGCGAUUCAGAGUGGAAUUGAGGUUGACGGCGUCUGGAUCUCGAGAAGCAACACACCUGUCGGCAGCAGCAGGGCGUCCAUCAUGAGCGACCACAAGCCCAUGCGCAGCUACAACAACUCCCAGCUUGAACUUCCCCAAACCGCAAAAAAUGGGUCGAGCCGCGGCAGUUCGCGACCACCCAGCUCUUUUGACCGCGCUGUGUCUGCCGAACGCAUUCCGACUAAUGACUAUGACUCUCGUUCCUCGUCACCUGGUCGCGGAUUAGCACCCACACAACGCUGCAGCAACUGUAGUCACAGUAUUUCACGCAACUCGGCGACUCUGCAAGCUCUUGAAACUCCACGGUCGGCACCUAUCUCAGGCCCUCCUUCACCCCGUAAUGGCACCCGCAGUUCCUCUAACAAGUCGAGCCGCCGUACGAGCGACGAGUCCGACUACAUGGCCAUCCAGCACGAUGUCCGCGCAUACGAAAACGCUUACAUUAGGCCCGCAUCGGUGCAAGCUCCCAUUGAUCCUCGAACCGACCUCGACCUUCUCCAAAGCCAUCGCCUAUCCCAUGUCGCUGAGACGGGGCAGCUCACCCCUAGAGUCCGCAGACCAGGUAACAGCGGAGAAUGGGCGAGCGUGGCGGAACACCAGAUAUCAUCGCUCAAUGGUGUUAAUUAUUUCGUGCCGCAGAAGACUCCUUCACCUCCGCUCCCACCUAUUAUCGACCCACCAGACGAGGAAAUAGGCCUAGCUUCAUCCUACAACCCUACCCAGGACGGCCACGCAGCGAACGAGGCUAGACAGGCAGUCCCCCUGACGGAGUCAUACGCGCCCAAGGCCGCCUAUUAUCCUGAUGCCUACCAGCCCCGAGGCCCCCAUCACCAAUACUCGUACGAUGAGGUGCCGUACGAGGUUAACACGGACCAGAACCAGCGCGAAUCACAAGUCCUCCGCAAGGUCAACGCCGGAUUCGAGAUCCUAAGGCCAGGCACAUUCCAGCCGCCGACACCAGCAGAGUUGGAACUGGCUGAUAGGAGACAAUCAAAGAAGCUCCAGAAGAAGCGAAGAUCAUCUUCGGCUUCGCGGAAAUCUGCCUUCGUGGAGCAAGUCUGA